AUGGUACCAUUCGACUCAGCUCGCCGAGACGAAUCGAAUGGUAUAUAUUUUGACCCGUUUCUGAGUGGGCCACCGGCUAAAGUACAGCCAACAAUCGGCUCUUUUCCUUUAUUUUCGCUAUCAUUAUUCAGUGAAUUGACAUUUUCUGAUUUUGACUCAUUUUUUAGUAUCUUCGUUUGAUUUCCUUUAAUUUUUUCUUUUUUAGUUUUGUAGUAAUUUUGGUUUCGUUUUCGUAGUUUUUCUUUGUUAUUUGCCUGAUAAUGUUUAGAUUUUUCUUUCAACUCCUCUUUGUUCACCUUAUAAUAAUUUUUACUUUUUUCAAUUACCUUUUCUUUGUUAAUUUUAUACCAAUUUCUCUUUCUUUCAAGUAUACUU